AUUGCACCGUGACACCAGCUUUUGAGCAGAGAGCAGGAGCACAGAACCGGGCGCACCCACAGCACAGCAGCAGCAACACAUCACUGCUUCAUGGGACACUUCUCCUUUUUCUGCAAGAAAGACUGGAUGUGGAUGCAAGGAGUGGGAAAAUACAGGGAAUCGAUUAUGUGCUGACCGUGAGAUUCCACAAGUAAUAUGCGCAACUCUUGUGGAUUAUUUUCCCUUACUCUUCCUUUCUCCUUUUCUGCCCCAGUUGUGUUUCCUUAUUCAUUGUGCGCCCCUAUGAAGAGCAUUAACUAUCCCUCCCUCCAAUCCUAUUGAAAAGGCUCUCCGAAAAAAAAAAAAAAGACAGAGGGAGAUGAGAGCAGCAAAUCCCUUUUUUAUUCCCCUCGUAGCGCUCAAUAAGAGAAGAAUGUGUUGCCUAUCAGUCACCGAGGGGAUCAAGUCUUCGGGACUGUCCCACGCGUUCAAUGCGCCGUGCAGAGCAUCACUACUGAGAGAGACAGAGUGAAGAGGACAAGAGGACAACAGCAGCAGCAGCAGCAGCAGCAGCAGCAGCAGCAUCAUCCUGCUCUGGACACUUCACAUCAUUUAGCAACCUGUCUCCACUCAGGAUCCCUUCAAGUCAAUUAAGGGCUCACCUUUCAACUCCUCUCGAGACGAUGAGGAGUCUGGCUCUGCUGUUAGGGGUGAAAGCCGCCUGCAUCCUGCUGGUGUCCUCUCUCUCUGGCACCGGGGCUGUCAACAACAGCGGCCGGUGGUGGGGUAUUGUCAAUGUGGCCUCCUCAUCCAACCUCCUCACCAAUUCCAAGAACGUGCAGUUGGUCCUGGACCCGAGCCUGGCCCUACUGAGUCGUCGCCAACGCCGGCUGAUUCGGCAGAAUCCUGGCAUCUUGCACGCCAUCGCUGCAGGGCUGCACACUGCCAUAAAGGAGUGCAAGUGGCAGUUCCGCAACCGCCGCUGGAACUGCCCGACCACCCACAGCCCGGCAGUUUUUGGGAAAAUUGUCAAUCGUGGUUGCCGAGAGACGGCGUUUGUAUUUGCCAUCACCAGCGCAGGGGUGACCCACGCUGUGGCUCGCUCCUGCUCAGAAGGGGCCAUUGAGUCGUGCACAUGCGAUUACCGCCGCAGAGGUCCUGGAGGGCCAGACUGGCACUGGGGGGGCUGCAGCGACAAUGUCGACUUUGGCCGGAUGUUCAGCCGGGAGUUUGUGGACUCCAGUGAGAGGGGCAGAGAUCUGCGCUACCUCACCAACCUACACAACAAUGAGGCUGGCAGAAUGACUGUGUCAUCAGAGAUGCGUCAGGAGUGUAAGUGCCACGGCAUGUCGGGCUCCUGCACCGUGCGCACCUGUUGGAUGCGCCUGCCCAGCUUCCGCACAGUGGGAGACUUCCUUAAGGACCGCUUUGAUGGUGCAUCCAGGGUUGUUUAUGCAAACAAGGGAAGCAACCGUGCCUCUCACCGAGCCGACCCACGACAUCUGGAGCCUGAAAACCCGGCUCACAAACCCCCCUCUGCCAUGGACCUGGUCUAUUUUGAGAAAUCACCAAACUUCUGCUCCUAUAACGGCAAAACUGGCACUUUGGGAACUUCUGCGAGAACGUGCAACAGCUCUUCUCCAGGCCUGGACGGAUGUGAGCUGCUCUGCUGCGGACGUGGGUUUAAGACCCGGACUGAGAGCGUGACCGAACGUUGCCACUGCACCUUCCACUGGUGCUGUCAUGUCAGCUGCUUGAACUGCACCAGCACACGAACGUUACAUGAGUGUCUAUGAUCGCGGGUGGAAGUGAAUAUUUAGGCAUAUUUGAAAGGCAAAGAAGAAUUUUCUUAGCAAAACAGGUAGUCGGCUGAGAAAGCCACUAGUUUGAGAUGUGAGGUAGAAGCUAGAAAAGCUUCAAGGCGGGUAAACUGAUACAGGGAACUCUUUGGCACAAAAAAAUCAAUCAGUGUUUUUGAAUGGAGAAAAGCACAAAUAUGAACAGGGUAUAGAGGGAGUAUAUGUGCUUGCUCCUUGCCUUUGAUGCUUAACAGUAUUAAGAGGGUAUUUAAACACUACAACCAUCCAUGUAGAAUGGAUAUCAUCCACAUCCCUCAAGUGUUUACACUGUGGAUAAAUAGAAAUAGAAGCAAAGGGACGAAAUGAUGUGGUGGAGAAUCGAUUGCUGUAACCAGGUACUACUAGAGCCUCCUUCUCCCCCACUGAGGGCAGAGACUGGACACAAUGUUUCACAGAUGUUUCUGUGGCCAGAGAGCCACAAACAUGUGCUCUUGUAAACUGGUGAAGACCUCUAACAAGAAGGGGAGUUAUUUAACAAAACAAAAAUCUGUGUUUUAUUUUCUUUUGCUGGCUUCUCUCACGUGAAACUGUGUGAAGUUUAUCUCGAGGGAUGGGUCGUCAGAUUGUGUACUGGAUGCAGCCCAGCCACUUGUAAUCUCCUCACCACAUUUGCCCUUUAUAUUUAGAUUUCUCUGGAGUUGAAUACACUUCAAUCCUGAUUUGCCAUUCUGACUUGUACCACACGAUGGUCCUGAUGUUACAUGACUGGGGCCGGUGCUCGCCAAGGGAAACAGAAACUGACUGAACAAAUCUUACUGAGGCGAUGUAAUUUGAAUGUAUUAUCAAUACACUGAAUAUCAUGGCAUGAGUAGAUGAAGUUUGUGAGGGGUCAACAUUAAAAAAAGAAAUGAAAUGUGACCUGCAGAAUCUCGCCAUGCUCUCAAAAUGAAAAUGCCAUUCUGAGAUGAACAUUGAAUUAACAAAAAGACAUUAAAUUCCUCUUAAUGCACGAGUGUGUCGCAUUAAACCGGUCCAGGUUUAAAGUAGACGUAUGUGUAUUACUUCAGGCUAUAGGCUGUAAGAAGCAGCUAAACAUUUUAUUUGAAAGAAAACAGCCUCUGCAGAAGAGAUCAUUCUGUAUAUCAGCUAUGAGAACCAAAAUGCUGUAAAUAUUAAAAUAUAUGAAUAUAUUUAUAAUGACGUCAUUUGUAAGUUUGCUCAAUUUUUUCUAUUUUGGUGUAAUGUAGCUGACACAAAAAAAAAGACUCUUACUAGAAACAGAUUAUCACGUCUUUGCUUGUUUCCUGUAAAAACAUGUGUGUUCAUGCACUGAAUAUUUACCUUUUUUUUAUUAGUGUAAAUACAAAAUAUUUAUUUCUGAGGAUUUUUAUACUGUUAUAGAGAGAUGUAAGAGAGGACUUUUUUUUUUUUAGAUUUUAAUCAAAAGAUUUAGGCCCCAGUUGGUUUUGUAUUGUAUGAUAGAACAAUAAAGUCUAUAUUUUCAAUUAAGUUGCCCUCCUGAAUGUGUCAAAAGAUGCUAUUAUGUCUGUUGUAGUCUGUGUUUGAGAUAGUUUUGACAACCAACCAAGUGAACAUAUAAGCCUGUCCCUGGGUGUCCUCUGCUUAAUCCUAUUACCACCACCAAAGCAGCCUCUUUCUCCGGCUCACAAAACAUCCCUGCAUCUGUGCUCCCAACCGCAGGAGACGGCCCUUGCUUGUCCAGCCACAUACCUUAUUUUAUACAGUAUAGGAUUUUACUGCAUUGAAUGUUUUGCUUCAUUUGCUUAAUGUUGGAUAUAAAUAAAUAAUGAAAAUCUAGAAUCUCUCCCCGA